AUGUCGGAAGACAACGAUAAUCCGUUUCUAGAUUCUAAGGUCGCACCGACCUCGGUCGAGCCCGAGACUGAUAACUCUAAGUCUAGCAGCUCCGAGUCUGAUAGCUCCGAGUCUAGUACUGAAGAUCUAGACGCCUCUAAAUACGGGUCCAGUAAUGAAGACCCAGACGCCUCUGAACGUAAGGCUAGUGAUGACGAAGACCCAGACGCCUCUAAUUAUCGGUCCGGUACUGAAGACCUAGACGCCUCUAAAAGUGAGGCUAGUAACCCUGACCGGCCGUCCAAGCGCCCUCGCCUUAGUACACCAUCGAAUCGGUCAUCUAUCUCCCAGAACGACGAGCCUCUACCGUCCGGCUAA